AUGCUUGAUAGGCUGGAAGAUGAUACAUAUGCAUAUCAGCAGAAAAUCAACCAUUACUACCCUUUCCAAGAUGAAGAUGAAUGGGAGUUAGGGAAGUUCAUGGUCGAAAACCUCACCCAGACCCAAAUGAUCAAGUUUCUGAGGCUGAAAUGGUUCAACAGUCCUCAUGAAAAACCAUCUUUCACUAUGAAAGAUCAACUAUUAGACUGGAUGGACUCACUCCCUUGUUUUACAGAGUGGAAGGCCUCUAAAAUGGAAUUUUCAGGCUACAAAACAAUCCAUCCCAUCGAGCUCAUCUGGCGUGAUGCACUAGAAGUCGUCAAACAACUCUUCAGCGAUCCAACCUUUGCAAACCACAUGACCUAUACUCCACAUGUUGUCAAUAUCGGAAAUCAGUGUGAAUACAGAGAUUAUAUGAGCACUGAUAUGGCAUGGAAAAUCCAGGACCAUCUCCCUGUAGGUACAACUCAAGUGCCAAUAAUCUUGGGAUCCAAUAAGACUCAUGUAAUGCGAAUCACUGGAGGACUUGAAAUGCACCUGGUCUUCCUAACUAUCAGCAACAUUGAUUCAGAUAUUUGCUCCAAAGCAACCUUGCAAGCUUGGCAGUGUAUUGCUUACAUGCCAAUCACAAAGUUCCACAUCCAUCCAGACUAUCAAAGCAUUCUCCAGGCGCAGUUAUGGCAUAAGUGCAUGGACCUCGUUCUCACCAACCUUAAGGCCACUGCACCAGAUGGAUGUUUCAUGCCUGACCCUUCCAGAUACAUUCACUAUGUUUUUACACCCCUCAUUGCUCAUGUAUGUGACCUACCAGAGGCCUCUAUGAUUGCUGCAGUCGCAAAAAAUGCGUCCCCCCUGACCAUGGCGGUGCAAGGGGAUUUUGGUGAUGGGACACUUCACCCCCCUCAUACUGGGAAGCAUACACUACAAUGCAUUGUUGACAUCUCCCGCAAAGUUGAUCCUUGGGAUCUUGACAAGUUCCAGAAGGCAGCCAAGGCUGUUAACCUGUCUGGAUGUUAA